UUUUGCGGGGCAAGCCAUGAGAGGUUGCUUGGCAGAUGCAACUCGAAGCGAGGCGAGGCCUUGUGCGAUCGCGGUAAAUCCCGAUCGGCGUGGCCUUGCUGCUUCGUAGCCGAUGACCGUGGCAAUGGGAUUGUGUCCACUGUCCACCGUCCACUGUUUUGUCGAUCGUAAGUUGAUUGUUGACAAAAGUGAUGGAUGGAUCCAACGGCCGGCAAUCGAUAAGGGGCAGGCUGACGAUUGCGCCUUCGACUCCACGGGGCACGCCAUUGCAUGGACCCACCAAGUGCCUCUAAGCCUUCAAGGAAUAGGAAUAGGUGAAAUGUUAACACCGUAUGAGUGUGAUGCUAUUCGGAAACCAAUACCGGAGGUACCGAGUAGUUUGAAAUGGAAUUAUUCGAGCUCAUGAGCAAGAUGCAAACCCUGCAAACCCUGCAAACCUUCCCAAGGUGAAGAGUCUCUUCUUUACCCCAGAUAAUCUCCCCACUUCCUCCCCAACAUUG